AUGUGGCAGACGAUAGAAGGAAAAAGUAAAAGAGCGUGGAUAUAAACCUAAAAAGAGAUUGUUCACAUUAAAAAAUUAGCCCCUUUAGAGGUUUUUAAAUAAACAUACCCCCUCCUCUCUCUCAAAUUUUGUUUUCUAAAAUCUACAGGGAAAAACAACUUCAACUUUUUUCAAUUUUUUUUUAAAUUUUUAAUUUUUCAACUCUAAACUCAAAAAUCAUCGGCAUUUAUUCAAUUAACAUAAAUGAUGACAUAACAGUUAACCAAAAGACGCCGCAUUUGCGUGCACAGUUGCACUAAUUUUUCAUUUGCAGCUGUAUUGGUAUUAUAUGUUGUUGUGUGCACAUGCAAGAGGAGAGAGAAAACAAAAGAGAACAGCAAAAAGAAGAAAAAGAAGAAGAGGAGAGACAAAGAAAAAGAAGAAGAAGAAACAGAGAAAAAAAAAGAAAAAGAACAAAAAGAUGAAACAGAAGAAGAAGAGAGAAAAAAAAGAAAAAGAAGAAGAAGAGGAGAGAAAAAAAAGAAGAUAAAGAAAAAGAAGAUGAAAAGAAAAAAAAACAAAGAAGAAGAAGAAGAAAAGAGAAAAAAAAAGAAGAAGAAGAAGAAGAGGAGAGAAAAAGAAAAGAAGAAGAAGAAGAAAAAAGAAGAAGAAGAAAAGGAAGAAGAAAAAAAAAGAGAGAAAGAAAAGAAGAAGAAGAAGAAAAAGAAGAAGCAGAAAAGGAAGAAGAAAAAAAGAGAGAAAGAUAGAAGAAGAGAAAAAAGGAAAAAAUUCUUCUGA